GAAGCGGAUCCGUUCGACAGCAUUGUCACGACAUCACCGCAUAGCCAGCCGGUUUCUAGUAAAGAACGCUAUCAAACCACUGAAGAACCGAAAGAUUGCCCUUAUGAGCAUCAACUGCGAGUGGAUGAAUGUGCCGAGCCGGUUCUUUUGUUUUUGCAUGACGUUAAUGCUAUCUACUUUGAAAAUUCUAGUCUCCUUGCGGAUAAAGAAACCCAGGUAAAAGUUGAAAAAGGAUGCGAACUAAUGCAGGAGUACACGAUUUGCACGCAAGGUACAUCAGCAGCAUGUACACCGGAUGAAGGUGUACAAGCCUGGCGCGAGGUGGAGAUGUAUGCCUGCCAGCUGCUUAUCCCAGCCGUACGAGAACAUCGUCAGUGCUUUGGUAAACCAAGGCAUAGCAGCUGUGAUGUGAGGUUCGAUCCACUUGCUUCACCAUUCUGUCGUCUAGUAACCUCUGUCACUCAAGAUGUUAACUGCCUUCAAAGGUAAGC